AUGGCCGACCCCGUCACACUCACAGCCCUCAGUCCCCGCAAAGCCGUCGCCGACGCUCUCCACCGCUGCAUGCUCGGCAUCGACAGCAACAACCGGGCCCUGUUCGAGUCAAGCUGCCUGAAGAACGAAAGCAUGACCGUUGUCGCCGGCCCCAUGACCUUCGAGGGCUGGCCCGCCAUCAGUGACUUCUUUUUCAGGCUCUUCGACCUCGUCACCACGCAUAUCACCAGCAAUAUCCGCGUUGAGCUGAAGGACGGCGCGGACACGGCGUCCAUGAGCGCCCACGUGCUAGCGUAUCAUGUGCGGCCGGACGAUGCGUUCACGCCCGAGGAUACGUCGUACACGGGGGCGUGCUUGUACUGGAUAGAUCUUGUCAAGGAUUGCGGCGACGGCUUGUGGAGGAUUAAGAAGUGGGAGAUUAAGAUUCUGUGGAGUACGGGGGAUAGAGCGGUUCUCCAUGGAUGA